CCCGCCUCCACCAUAUCCACUUAUCCACCUUCCACAAUCGCCAAUGCCCACCAUAGCCACUACUCGUUUGCUCCGUUCUCAUCGCACUUAACCUCCCGUGCCGCACACCCCGCUGGGGGCCGCCCCCACUUUUCUUUCUUGCCCCUCUUCUCCCUCUCAUCACCUUCCACUCAUCAUGUCCGCGUCCAAGCCAACCACCACCGUCGUCGCAGAGCAGGCCGUCCUCCCCGGCCGCCUCGACUAUGUCCCCGUGUCCAUCGACAUUGCCGAUGGCAAGAUUGCGGCUGUUCGAAGUGGUCUCGAGCCUGCGCCGGGCGCGCAUGUUAUCCGCGUACCGAAGGGCAAGGUGCUGCUCCCCGGUCUGAUCGACACACAUGUCCACCUGAAUCAGCCGGGGCGCACCCAGUGGGAGGGCUUCGCGACGGGCACGCAGGCCGCAGUCUCGGGCGGCGUCACCACCCUCGUAGACAUGCCCCUCAACUCGAUUCCGCCUACGACGACCGUGGCCAACUUGAGGGAGAAGCAAGCUGCGGCGAAGGACGCCGGGAUUGCAUGCGACACGGGCUUCUGGGGCGGCAUUAUCCCCGGCAACGCCGGCGACCUCGUGCCGCUCGUCAAGGCCGGCGUGAAGGGCUUCAAGUGUUUCCUCCUCCACUCUGGCGUGGACGAGUUCCCGCACGUCAGCGAGCAGGACAUCCACGACGCUUGCUCCGCACUCAAGGGCACCGACGCACUGGUCAUGUUCCACGCCGAGCUCGACCCGCACGGACACAACGACACGAGCGGCCUCGUGCCCGCAAGCUGGGGAAGUGUGUUGAGCAUCGGCCUCGCCGUCGCCCUCGGCACGAUCGUUCACGCGCGCAACACGGGCCAAGCAAUGCUCGGCACUGUCGCGACCGGCAUUGCCAGCUUCCUCGGCGUUACGCUCGCCACCUACCUUUCGCCAUGGAAGCCGCAGCACCUCGCCGUCGACGGUGGCCCGGGCCCCAACCAAAUCGCCAUGGCCCUCACUGUCGGCCCCGCACUCGGCGUCACCGUCGGCGCCUACAUCAUGGGCAUGGACCAGAUCCGCAACUACGCGCCUCUUGCCAUUCCCAUCAUGGGCGCCGUGUUUGCAGGCUCCUACCUCGCCUCGGGUGGCGAGUACGCCGCGUGGCUCGCGACCCGCCCGCCAAAGAUGGAGGAGGACGCGCUCCAGCUCGUCCUCCGCAUCUGCCGCGCGUUCCCCGACCUCCGCUUCCACAUCGUCCACCUCUCAGCGGCAAGCGCGCUGCCUGCCCUCCGCGCCGCCCGGGCCGGCACCGACGGUGGCGCGCCCGUCAAGAACCUCACCGUCGAGACAUGCUUCCACUACCUCUGCCUCGAGGCCGAGAAUGUGCCUCGCGACGCGGCACAGUUCAAGUGCUGCCCGCCCAUCCGUGACGCUAAGAACCGCCGCGCCCUCAUCAAGGCCGUCAAAAACGGGGAGAUCCAGUAUGUCGUCUCGGACCACUCGCCGUGCACCCCCGAGCUCAAGAAGGGCGGGUUCAUGUCUGCCUGGGGCGGUGUCUCGUCCCUCGGCCUCGGACUCCAGCUCCUCCACACCGAGCUCGAUGUCGGAGUCCCCCGUCUCGUCGAGUGGCUUGGCAUCAAUCAGGCCCGCCAGGUCGGCCUCGAGGGCAUCAAGGGCGAGCUCAAGGCCGGCUACGAUGCCGAUUUCGUUAUUUUCGAUCCCGAGGCAUCAGAGGUCAUCACCAAGGACCACCUCCUCUUCCGUAACAAGGUUUCGCCUUACCUCGGCAAGACUGUCCGCGGUCGCGUUGAGCAGACCUACCUCCGCGGCCGCAAGGUGUUUGAUUACAGCGAAGGCGUCACCGACAAGACGUCCGGUCAGUUCCAGGUGUAGUGAGUUGCCCAUGCCGCUAUUCGCACCGCCUGAUAGAGGCAGAGCCGGCAGACGACUCGUCUAAGAAAUCAGUACUAUCUAGACAUUAGGAACCCGCGGCCAUAUUGAUACACAUCCUGCAUGUUACAACCAUCACAAAUUACCUGGGGCAAGCUCAAUUUAACGCGCUUUGCGUCGCGCCACAGCUGGCCCGCU